AUGGACGACUUCUUUUUGGAUCCAAUUUUCGACUCGUCAUCGGCAGCUCAAAUGAAUGGUCAAGUACAGCCGCCACAUCCUCCUCCUCAAAUCACUCCAGAGGAAAUGGCUGAAAUGGAUCGGCAAAAAGUGACACCUGCGUUGAUAAAGUAUGUCGAGGAUUUCAGAUUCCCCUACAUCAGCGAUGUCAGUAAUUAUGAGAAGCUUUUGAAAAUAGGACAAGGAACUUUUGGAGAAGUCUUCAAAGCUAGGUGUAAGAAAACCGGUAAAAUGGUGGCCCUCAAGAAGAUUCUUAUGGAGAACGAGAAAGAGGGUUUCCCUAUCACAGCAUUGCGGGAAGUGAAAAUGCUUCAACAACUCAAACAUGAGAAUAUUACUGAUCUUAUUGAAGUGUGCAGCAGUAAAGCUUCUGCACAUAACCGUGAUCGCUCAACAUUCUAUUUGGUAUUCGCGUUUUGUGAACAUGAUCUUGCUGGGUUACUAAGCAAUCACAAAAUCAAGAUAUCGUUGGUUCACAUUAAGACAAUGAUGAAGCACCUUUUCAAUGGUCUAUGGAAAAUUCAUCGCUCUAAGAUUUUGCAUCGAGAUAUGAAAGCUGCUAAUGUUUUGCUUUCACGGGACGGAAUCCUAAAGCUAGCCGAUUUCGGACUUGCUAGACCGUUUUACAUGGGUACGUUGCCUCAGAUAUUGAAAUAUCAGCUUUUGAUUUAUUUAUUUAUUUAUUUCUAUCACUCUUUUUUGAUGCGCUCAUUUUUAGGUCAUCCGCGUCAACUCUACACAAAUCGUGUCGUUACGCUAUGGUAUCGGCCUCCAGAAUUAUUGUUAGGAGAUAGACAAUACACGACGUCAAUAGACAUGUGGGGAGCCGGAUGUAUCAUGGCUGAAUUAUGGACUCGUUCACCGAUUAUGCAAGGGGAUACCGAACAAAAGCAACUCACCAUGAUUUGUAAUUUGUGCGGAUCAAUCGACAAGGAUUCUUGGGACAAGGUGAGCGAAUUGCCGUUGUUUGAUCGAAUGGAACUUCCUGCUGGUUUACCACGAAUACUUUCCCAACGUAUGAAAGUGUACAUAAAGGAUGAGCUCGCCGUAUGUUUGAUUGACGAGUUGCUAACGCUGGAUCCCAGCAAGAGAUUGGAAGCUGAAAAAGCCUUAGAUCAUAUGUUCUUCUACACGGCGCCUUACUCUAAAGAUGAUUUCAAGGACCUAAUGGAUACUGUGAAGACCUCUCAGUUCGAGUAUACUGCUGGAGGUGGAGCGCACGCUAAUAGGGGUAGAGCAGUUGGAGCUGGGCAACGUAUGCCGCAUCGUCCACAAGUUACUCAAACGGGUCAAUUCCACGAUAUGAUUUUUUAA